AUGCUUCUUCGCGCCGCCGCGCUCGCGUCGCCGCGCGCCGCGUCGCCGCGCGGUGUCGCGUCGCCGUCCGCGCGACGCGUCGCGCGCGCGUCGACGCGAACACAUCUCAUCAUUCCGCGCGCUCAUCGCGCGCGGGGUCUCUCGCCGCUCGCGGCGACCGCGGGCGACGACGACGACGUCGUCGACGUCGAGGCGACGUCCGCGCCGUCCUCCUCCUCCUCCUCCUCCUCCUCCUCCACGCUCAGCGCGCUGGACGCUCUCCUCGGAACGACGCCGUCCGACGACGACGCGCCGUCGACGUCGAGAUCCUACGAUGACGACGACGGCGCCGCGGUCAUCUCCGCGCCCAUACUGUGGAUGUCCACCCCGGGCCGCGGCGCGUCGCAACGCGCCGGCGACAAUUCCGGCGGCGUCGCGAGCGCGCUCACCUCCGCCGCGGGCGCGGGCUCCGUGUACGUCGCGAUAACGCUCGGACUCCCCGACCGAUCGACGAAAUCGCAGCGCGAACGCGGCGUUAAAGGCGUCGAGCUGGACUUCUGCGUCGACACCGCGUGCAGCACCAACUUCAUCCUUCCUCAGGUGGCGUACGGUCUGGACAUGCAGAUUGUUGGGACGUCGCCCGCGGGGCAGGGCGCGACGGGCGCGGUGAGCGCGGGGCAAGAGAUGCUCCUCGGGACGGCGAAGUUGGGAGGAAACGGCGACGACGGCGUCGCGGCCAUCACCGGGCUGUCCGCGGGCGUCGUCCCGGUGCCCGCGCCGGGCACCGCGGGGAUCUUAGGGCGGUCGUUCCUGAACUGCUUCGGCGCGGUCGCGUUCGAGUGGGGCGGGGACAGAGAGCGCGCGCGCGUGGACUUUUGGCAAGCGUUCGAUUACGCCGAGGCGGAGAAAGAGGGCGGCUUGGAGUCGUUCGCGCUGAACGAGCUCCCGUGCGGGCUGCUCGCCGUCGGCGUCACCGUGAACGGCGUGUCCAUGCCCGCGCUCGUGGACACGGGCGCGCCGCAGACGAUCAUAAACAAGGCUGCGGCGGAGAGAGCGGGCGUCAUCGUCGGCGGCGAGAGCGGCGAGAGCGGCGAGAGCGACGGCGACGGAGGAGGGAUGAACCCGUUCUCCGGGCUCGUGAAGGCGAUCAAAAAAGGCCGCGAGCGCGCGAUGCAGGACCGCGGCGUGAUGGUCAUGGGCGCGGGCGGGACCCCGGAGCGUCUGGACCGCGUCGACGGCGCGGGGGUGCGGCUGAAGGUGACCGGCGGCGGCGCCGACGGCGUCGACGUGUUUUGCGAAGGCGUCCUCGUCGGGGAGCUCGCGGCGUUCCAGGCUGGAUUGGGACUCGCCCCGGGGGCGCCGGGGGUGAUCUUAGGCCUCGACGCGCUCAUGUCGCGGCCGCGGGUGGUGAUGAGCACCGCCCCGGGUUCGCCGAAGAUCGCGUUGUAA